AUGACUAGUUCUACUGGCUUCCGAUUUACGGUUAAAAUUGACAUAGUCUUGCUAAGAAAGACACUUGAAAUGGAUCCGUUUAGAAUGGCUCGAGGAUUUAUGAUGCCUAUUUGGCAAGAAAUAGCCGAUCAUGUUAGCAAUAGCUGCAAGAUUGCUGUUGAUCAUCACAAGUGUCGAAUUAGGAUAGCAAACUUAGUAACUUAUGGAAAGCGGAAAACGGAUUCUAAAUAUCGUAGAUUAUCUGGGUCAACAACAGAUCAUCGUGAAAGAGACAUGUUAGUUCAAAAAUUAUUAGAACUAAAGAGGUUAAGCGAAAAGAACAAAUUACCUUAUAGCCACUCAAAGCAGCUUCGAUCUAGAGAUUCGUUAAAUACCUCCACUACUGACAUUACCAAUAUCCCAAAUGAUGGCAAUGCUCCUGAAUCAAGUGAAUCGGAAAUUUCAGUCGAUGGCGACACAGAAUCUCGAUUAAAUGAUAACAACCGUUUGGAAUUAUCGACAGGCCCUGACCUAAAAAAUUUACAAAGUCAGCUUACCGACAUUGUCACGGAGCUUAAGUUAGCCAGAAAAGAAAUAAGUUUAAAACAAGACUUUCUGAUAAAACUAAAAGAACGGGAAAUUGAAGUACAACAGAUUAAAUUGGAAAUGAAGCAAGAACUUCUUAGUGCUAAUAAUAGACAUGAACCAUUAAAUGUUUUGACUGACUUAAUUAAAUUAUUGAGAGAAGAAGUAUCUAUCAUGAGAGAAGAUAGGGUCAAGCUGAUGUCUAUGGUCAUUAAAGGUUUCAAUAAAUAA